UUUAGUGGAUAGGAUUGAAAGGGAUAGAGAAGAUGAAAUGAAUAGAGGUUAUAUAUUUGGAAAUUUUUGAUGGAUUUAUAAUAUUUUGUGAACAAAUAGUGAGGUUUGCAGUAAGAUAGUAGGUUAAGGCGGAUAUGAAUUUCAAGCCUUGUUUAAAUCAAGAAUUUAAUGAUCCCUGUGAGGAUUCUUUUUCAAAUUCAUGUAAAAAGGAAGAAGUCAGGUACUAUGAAUUAAGUAAUGUUUCCAGAAACUCCACUGCGUUUUAUCAGAAGCAGAACUUCUCAUCCUCGCAGGCAAGCCAGCGAUAAGAAGUUCAAGCCUUACGACAGUGACGAUGAAAACAAGCUUCGCGAGAUGGACCGCAACUGCAGAGCCCAGCUCUUGUACAAUGUGCUCUACCACCUGCCUGAGCUGUCUGAUCAUCUCUGAGGCUACAUCAAAGUCAUUGUGUUAAGAGAAAACCUGACCAACCAGAACCCAGCUCUGCUGAAGUGAGACUUCUGGGGAAAUGAGUUCUACACCUUUGACUCAGACAUCGUGUGUAUCCUGCAACACUGCGGCCAGACCAUCUUGAAAGAAGACUUGUCUGAUUUCCCUGGUAUUACAGUCUACUUUAAAGUCAACAAGAGCAGGUCCAACUACGCCUCUCAUUUCAAGAACGGACUCAGAAGCAGAAAGACUCAGUCGUUCAAUGGCCACUAGCUGAAGUUCGAAUUGGCUGUUCCGCUUGAAAGUGUUGGGACUCAAGACGAACUCAGCAAACUGGCUGCACCAAUGUCAACUAAGAAACGAGGAAUUUGCAGGAAAAACAAACACCCCAGUAAAGCUUCUAGCGUCCACAAAGAUAUGAGCAUUGUGUUCAGUCUGAGUGGUGAACCAAUCAACAAGUUCGACCUCGGAGAGUUUGUGUUCAAAGGCAAUGCCAACAAGCCUAUUGCUGAAGCUCUCAAAACAGAAAUCCUGUACAUUGAGACACUGGACAAGAGGUUCAAAAUCAGUUGUAGGUGGAAAUAAAGUGCCUGCUGAUGACCAGACCGGAGAAACCGAAGCCAAGUUUUACAGAAUGGCCGAAGUCAAAGACCUCGACUACAUGCGCAAGAGUGGCAUUCCAUUACCAGCGCCAGAUGUCAAGUACAUAUUCAAAGACUUGAAGUGGGACAAACUGUUGUGGGGUGACACUUCUCUGAAGAUCAGAGACUCGCUUAAGGUUGAGAACAUUAAUGGUAUAAAUCCUACCAGACUGAAGGUGACGAUGAAGAGGAAGAUAGGUAGAUGCUAUAUAAAUACUAAAAAUAGCACAUAUGUCAUUUUCAACGCAUAG